AUGGUUUUUCUCCCUCCUCAAUGGGUUCCGGAGCUGCCUUUCGAUCCACCAGAUUCCAUACCCAUCAGUGAGUUCAUGCUGAAUGAGCAGUAUGGUCGCUAUCCUCUCCACCAUGCAAGGCAACCCUUCACGUGUGGGCUGACUGGAUUCGGGUACUCGGCUCUGGAGGUACGGGACCGUGUUGAUCAACUAGCAAGGGCACUGUCAAAAGAGCUUGGCUGGAGGCCGAAUGGAGGAACCGAGUGGGACAAAGUGAUUGGAAUAUUUAGUGUCAACACCAUUGACACUCUAACGUUGUCGUGGGCUGUUCAUAGCUUGUCUGGAAUCGUGUCGCCAGCAAACGCAGCUUACUCGCGGGCCGAAUUGGAGCAUCAGCUGAAGUCGUCCGGCUCCAAAGCUUUGUUUACGUGUCUACCUCUUCUACCCCUAGCGGUUGAAGCUGCUGCAAACUCUGGAAUUCCAAAGAACCGUAUCUACCUGCUUGCUCUACCUAAAGAAGCUACCGGUGGUCAAUCGUCCCCACCAGAGUUCAAGACUGUGGAUCAGCUCAUUCAAGAUGGAAGAAAGCUCCCCCUAUUGGAGAAGUUCCAAUGGCAGAAAGGCGAUGGUGCAAGGAAAACUGCUUUUCUUUGCUAUUCAAGUGGUACCUCUGGUUUGCCUAAGGGCGUCAUGAUCUCCCACAGAAAUGUUAUAUCCAACGUCCUGCAAAUAGCGACGUCCGAGAAGCCCUAUAGAGAUUCCGUACAAGAGCCGGGCAGCAAGUAUGGUAUGACAGAAGUUGCGCUGGGUCUAUUACCACAAAGCCAUAUCUACUCUUUGGUUGUUAUCUGUCAUGCAACCACCUAUAGAGGCGAUCAAGUGAUCAAUCUCCCGAAAUUUGAGUUUAAUCAGUUCCUCCAUUCCAUUCAAAGGUUUAAGAUCAAUUCACUUCCCUUGGUACCGCCAAUCGUUAUUCUUAUGGCGAAGAACAAAGCGGCUUUAGAUAAGUUCGACCUCAGUUCGGUCCGAUCAAUAUUUACUGGCGCAGCACCUCUGGGUGCAGAGACGGCGGAGGAGCUGCAAACGCAGCAUCCUUCUUGGAAAAUCAGGCAAGGUUAUGGUCUUACCGAGACAAGCACCGUAAUAUGCUCCACCGCAGUUCACGAUAUAUUCCUUGGAUCGUGUGGCUCGCUCAUACCGUCAGUUCAAGCAAAGAUUGUUUCGAUCGAAGGCACGGAGAUAACGGAAUACGACCAGCCUGGCGAGCUUGUGGUCAAAUCACCCAGCGUUGUGCUAGGAUACCUCAAUAAUCCUCAAGCAAAUAAAGAGACAUUUCAAGAUGGGUGGAUGAGAACCGGAGACGAAGCCGUGGUGAGAAAGAGUCCCCAGGGAAACGAGCAUAUCUUCAUCGUGGAUCGAAUCAAGGAGUUGAUCAAAGUCAAAGGCUUACAAGUUGCGCCUGCUGAGCUCGAAGCUCAUCUUCUGACGCACCCUGCUGUUAGCGACGCAGCCGUCAUUCCCGUCCCUGACGAGGCCGCCGGUGAAAUCCCAAAAGCCUUUAUCGUCAAAUCGUCAUCUGUGGGUCUGGAAGACAGUGAUCGCAUGCUCAUGAGAGAAAUCCAAAAACACGUCGAGGAGCACAAAGCCCGGCAUAAAUGGUUGAAAGGAGGCGUCCAAUUCGUUGAUGUCGUUCCUAAGAGUCCCAGCGGCAAGAUCUUGAGGCGCUUGCUGAGGGAUCAGGAUAGGGAAGCCAGAAGACAGAAGGGGCCCAAGCUGUAA